AUGCCAAAUUCAUGCCAAUCUAAGUCACAAGCCUCCCACACUAUUUCAGCAUAUGCGAACCCCUUGACCUUUCCAUACUUGGGGGCUCAACUUGAUUGGGAGGAUCCAUCCGCCCUCCGACGGCUACAUAUGGAUUCUCACUGCCACGGAAUAUUUCACGAAAUAGGUGGAGGCAAUUCCUCUCCGGAAGGCCGCAUGGGCGGUUUGGGAUCCUGUACAAAAUUGUUACCGACAAUGGCAAACCUUUCGUUAACAAACAAGUUAGCUCAGCACUUAGUGGCUACGGUAUCAAGCAUUGUCGCUCCACGCCUUAUUACCCACAGGGAAACAGUUAAGCGGAAGCCACCAACAAAACUAUACUGA